AUGGAAGAGAUCAGGUAUCCGAAGAACUUAGUCCUGUCUCGGGAUAAUAUGCAUGCCAUUUUCGAUGCCCUUCGGGCUGGGCGUUCGGUGCCUGAGGUUGCUGCAGAGGUGGCUCAAGUUGCUUCUUCCAAGAAAGUUAGCCGACCUCCUGCCAAGGCUUCCUCUCGAGAUCCUAAGCCGAGCUCUCGCGGCACCAAAUCAUCUCGGCUAUCCAGUCGUGGCAAGUCGGCCUUGACUAUUAAGCCUAUUGAAGAGCCUAAGUCCGCUCAAGCUUCUUCAGAGGGUGUGAGGGAAAUUUCUCUGGCCAUCGUGGAGCAGACCGAGGUCGUUGAACAAGCGCAGUUGGGUCUUGCUCAUUCUUCUGAAGAGGUGUCAGGGGGAAAAUUUAGGUCCCCCAUUACUGAAGAUAAGGAGGCUUCUGGGAAGGGGAAAGAGAUCAUUCUUAUAGAGGACAAAGUCCCAGAGGUCCCUAUCACAGAUGUCUCUGCCCCUGCGGAGACCGGGUCUGGGUCUGGAGGCAUCAUAGAGAAGACUGGGGACAAGCGUCCAGCCCCUCCUGAGAUGUCUGCCCCGCCUCCUGCUCGGAAGAAAUCCAGGGCUGCCAAAGGAUCUUCUCCAGCCCUUCCUUCUAUUGGGAAGGAGAAGAAUGUUCCUAUUGUACCUCUGUUGUCUUCUCCUGACAACGACACUCUGAAUGCGGCGAAUAUCACCUCUCAAUCUCCGGCCAGUGCUGUCGCCGAACUUCUUAGGAAACAAAUGUUCGGUGGAACCACAGAGGCCUCGGAUCCACGUCUACUUGCCCUUACUGGUCUUUUAGCCAGUUCUACCAAGGAACAAGCAUCCUUCCGAUCUCGAUCUCGUGAAGAGCUUGGGAAUACAAUCAGGGAGAUGCUUCUGAUGGUGACGGGCCUCUUUAUGGAGGUGGACGCUCGGGACCACUCUCUCCGGGAGUCUGUGGAUCGCCGGAUUGAAGAAGCGCGCUUGGAGGAGAAUAUAUCUGCCACCAGCGAUGCCAGAGGCAAUCUCUUAGCUGCCCGAGAGCAUACCCAAUCCCUCCAGGCGGAGUUGCAUUCUGCGUUGGAGGCCCUUAAAAGAGCUGAAGGAAGGGCAACUGAGACAGAGGAGCACACCAAGUCCCUGGAAGUAGAGUUAUCUCGUACUCGCAGGGUUCUCAAGGAGUCUGAUGAGAGGGUGGCUGCCGUGGAAGUUCGUUGUGAAGGAGUUUUAAAGCAGCUGUCCUCUAUGACGGAGGCUCUUCGGGAAAGAGACGAGGCUAUGAGUCAAAGAAAUGAGGUCCAGCGCCAAUAUGAAGCCUUAAAGGCUGAUUCUGAAGGACUUCAGGUUCACCUGAAUGAGGUGAAUGUUCAGAAAGAGAAAGCCCUAGCUCGGGUGGAAGUCCUUGAGCAGGAGCUGAGCACGAGUUCUGAACGUAUCAGAGACCUGGCUUCAUCGGCGGAGGAAUUCCAACUUCGCCAUCAACAGCUUAACCAUGAAGUCAGGACUUUGGAACGUAAAUGUUCAGCCCUGCUCGAGGUAGUGAAACACGCUGAAAGCAAAGUCCAGCUAGAACGCGAGAAAUGUCUAGCGGAGUAUCAGGAGUCGGAGGAGCUGAAAAGAAAGAUUGAGCAGGCCUGUGAAGCUUACCUUCAAGACUACAAGGAUUCCCCUGAGUUGAAGGCAUUUAUAGCUGAGGCCUGUGAAUCACAUCUUGAUGAAUAUAAAGCCUCUGCAGACAUGAAAGCUGCUGUUCUUCAGAAAGCCUUCCGUAUGUACGUAACCGGCUACAAUCGCGGCAUAAGGGAAGCUAGACAUGCUCCUGAUACUCCUCUGGAAAAGCUUCGUAUGGCCGAAGUGGACUCUGAUGGCGAGCCGGUGUUAUAUGGGGAAGAUGAUUUCCCUAUGCCUAGAGGUGAUUGUCGCGUUGUAGGCUCGUCAGCUGUGUCUUCUGAAGAAGAAUCCGAGCCGGAUGGGGAGGACAUGGAAGUCCCUGAAUCUGAAGAAGGCGACCCCGAUUCUGAAGGGGAAGACCUUAACCCAGGGUUGGAGAUUGCCCCGGUUGUUGAUAUUGAGAAAUCUGACCCAAAGGAUACCGGGCUUCCUUCAGAUAUGAUUGUAAAUAAAAAUAGUGUAGGCGAGGAUGUUCUUAAAAAUGUAAGUCCCUUAAGGACUAUUUUCCCUUCAACCUCGUCAGAUAAAUAGAUUGUAAUAGCCAUUUCUCUCAAUGGAAUUUUAAUUUCUUUUUACUUGAAUUACUUAUUGUUUUUCAUAUAUCUUGGAAUUUAUCUCUUCUUUUCGUAAUUGUAAUACUUACACUGUAUAAGCUUUUUCCGAACUGAACUAGCCUUUAGUUAUGAGCUCGGUUCUCAGCUAAUUGUCUGAGCUUAUGAGAAGUCCGAUCACAUACCUUUUAAUGGUACUUAGCUGGGCUUCCUUUUUAGUUCUGACUUGUCAGGAAAUGAAGCUGAGGUCCUUUCUUCCCAAGUUGCCCCUUUGCCUCCUCAACCUUUCAUUACAUGAGUGUUGAGGGGGUAAAUCCUUAAACUCUGUAUAUGUUUGUGUGGGCUUAUUUUAAAUAAUUUUUUCCUUUUUCCUUGGUUAUGAGCUCGGAUGUCUAUUUAUGGCGAACUGACUCGAGUUAUGAGCACAGUCCUUCAGCUUUUUUUUUUUUUUUUUUAUCCGAGCUGAGAGCUCGGCUCUUCACUCUUCACUUAGGCUUUUACACCUAUGGCCUGUGAUGCUUCUCAUACCCCUGGGUGUCUUCCAGGCUAUUUGCUGUCUAGACCUCUUUGUAAGCUGAGCCAGCUUAGCGUCAGCGAUCACUUUUUAAGUUCAGUGCCUUUUGGCUAUAGUGCUCCGAGCUCCUUCGGGAGAUCGGAGUUUGGCCUUUCUUUGAUGCCUUUGGACUCAUCUUUUUGUGAGGUCGGAACUGUAUUUUUAUGAAUUGUCCCUGCAUAUGAUAUGGGGAAUUUUUGCUUAAGGAUGGCCUUAAGGCCUUCAUCAGCUGUUUUUGCUUUGUUUUCCCGGGAGUUCUUAGGGGAUCCCGGUCUUCUUUUAUUUUUCCGGGAUGGCCUCGGGGCCUCGCC